UCCCUCUGCUGGCGGAAUCCGGGAAGUGCGCCGUGCUGACGCCCUGCCGGCUGUGACACAUUAAAUUCGCGACAGGCGGGAAAACUGAGCGGAGCACCGGAGAGGGAAUGGAUCGGCGCGGUCUGGUGCAGGAGCUGCGGAGAUGGGUGACGGAGGAGAUGGGAGUUCCUCCGCAGAAGGUUCCCCCGGAGGACGACCUGCAGAGGCUGUCCAUUGGACAGUGCGCUGAUAUCUGGAAGUACGUCACCUGCCAUGUCCGCAGCCAGAGGACGGUGAGGUACAUCGACGGCAACCUUCUGUGGUAUCAGCAGAUGCAACACUCGGUGGCGCAGCGCUCGGCGGAGGAGGAGGAGCAGCAGUACAGGAAUCGGCUGUGUCGGGAGAUCCUGGAGCUGCGAUCGGAGCUGGAGCACUUGCAGGAGCAGAUCCAGAGCGCCGAGGGGGAAGCCCUCAGCCAAGAACUGAACAGCGAGAAGUCGCAGGAUUACCGCCGCCGCACUCUCCUGCUCCGGGCGUUCAAUCAGAAGAGAGAGGAGGAGUGCGAGAUGCUGCGGGAAAACAACACUCGGAUACAUUACCGCUGCGAGCAGCUGCAGGAGGUCAGCCGAGUAUCUCGGAGGGAGAUUAUAUUUCCUUUGGUGGGAGGAGACUCUGCCAGAGGCACCUUACCGCAGCCUGAAGUGAUGAGGGACGUCCGGGACGUUUGCCAGGUGCGCUUUGCGUUUUUGCGCUCUCUCUGCGAUGAUUCCAUCACUUCUUUGAGCGGAGGGGAUGAGUUUCGUUCUUUGGCGCACCAGCAAUGGAUGAGCAUGGGGGAGAAAGUCUGGAGCUCCCACCCCCCCAACCACAUUGUCUCCUCCCUGGAGCACCUGGCUCUGGAGGCCACGCGGAGUAUGAGGCAGCUACAGUCCUCCCUCGCUGCCGACCGCUCCCAGACCUCCAGCAGCUUCUUCGAGACCACCGGUGAUGGCAACGAAAGCAGAGAUGCCCUGGACAACUCCAAGCGGGCGAGAUCUUACUAUGAGGGUGACCAUCGAUACGCUGCAGACGCUCUCCCGUCCUUUAACGGUCUGAUACAGGAGGGCUGGGACGAGUCCGUCAGGGUGACCUCGGAACUGCGCUCUGUGCAGAACCAGAUACAGGAAGUGUCCGAGAGCCUGGCGGGGAAGAUACAGGAAGUGCACAAAUCCCUGGCAGAAGACAGUGAGAUCAAUCAGCUCAACAGGGCCGCGUUUGACGCCGAGCUGCGCUGCAUGCUCCUUCGAGGAUGUCAGGACACUUUGCAGCAAGAAUGCCGGGCGUUGGAAGAAAGCACCAUGGAGCGGAAGCAGGAACUGAAAGUUCUCCAACAGCAACAGAAGAACAUUCAGGACUCCUGCCUCCUGCUGGACAAAAAACAAAAACAGAUCCAAAUCUUAAUAAAGGGAAAUGCCGCCGCCAAGUCCCAUAUACGGCGCAGCAGUGCAGAGGGGCAGAAAUUCGUCUCCGAGAAGCUCCUACUGCGGCCGCCGGAAGUCUCCCUGGAGUCUCAGCGCCUGAAGGAUUCCGUCAUGAAGGACGCUAAACACUUCUCUGCCAUCUCCCUCCUGGCACUUCAGAAGCUCUGCGCAGACGGUGUAAAUGAAGUCCCGGCUCUGCACCUCUCCAUCAAUCGUCUGACGAACUCCCAAUGUCCGUACUAUAAAAUCUACACUAGUAUCGGCCUGUCUUUAUAUAAGGCUCCAGAGACUAUCCUCAGUCACGUCGCAGAUAUGAAGAAGCAGCUGCUAUUGCUGCGUUUUCAGUCAAAUGUCCGCAAUCAAGCCGUGAGCAAGAUUCAGAAGAAGCUGCGGCAGAGCCAGAGCCCCGACACCGACGCCCUGCUGAAGCUGUUAUCGGACCACUACGCCCAGCAGACCGAUGAACUGGUUCCAAAGCUGCAGCGAUUGAUCGAGCAAUGUGAGCAGAACCAGGAAUACGGGGCGGAGGUUCAGGACACCAUCACUGACUGGUGGGAGCAGCCGGCCCAGACGUGCCUGCCCUGGGAGCAGAGAGGAGGUCUGACCUUACAACAGUGGCGCGAUCGCUGGACACUCGCUGUGACGGCGUUGCAGAGGACAUCGGGCGGCGGCAGAAGAUGAUCCUUUUUUUUUUUUUUUUUUGUUUUUUCUUUUAAAACUUUUAUUUUUUUUCUGGGGAGAGAAGAAACGAUUCUAGGAUAUUGCCUAUAGCAGAAAAUUUGUAAAACGGACACAAACUACUACAGGAGCACAGAAGACUUUUUUUACCUACACUCCAGCCACUUGAUGGCGCUGUAGAGGAACUCGGCAGGUUUACAUUUGAGGUUGGCACAGCAUGGGCCGGGAUUCUCUGUUUUUUAAUUGGCUGUCUAUGGUUUUGGCGGGCAGGUCCAGACAACUUGUUCAUUCAAAAUGUAAUAAAAAAAAAAAAAAAAAAUCUUU